UAAAAAGAAAUUAGGUGCGAAAAAGGACGUAGCAAUCGCUGAAAACAAUCUCGAUGUAUUUGAUGUGGUUCACUCGGUAAUAAAUUGUAUGUGAAAUCGCCAAUGUGUAAAAGUGGAGGCCAAAUACAUUCCAAUACGGAAUAAAGGGAAUCAAAUGGAAAAUGGAUGUGGAUGUCUAUGAUAAUGUUCUUUAUGGCAGAUGGCAUUCGUUCUACAGUCAAUCAUGCUAUCAUUCACUCUAAUAACCAAGCAGAGAAACAAAAUGUAAGUGUUUUCGAAUAUGAGUAUCACCCACAAGUGUUUUUUGAGCUUAAUAAACCACUUGAUGUUUCCCCCGUGCAAAAUAUAUGUUCUGUAAUGGUUCUGCAGCAUGAUUUUGUAUACACUUACAACAAGCCUCCAAUUACAGCUGCAUACAUACCACCUAAGGAAUGUAUGGUAAAAUGGAGUAGAGCUGUCCUGGAAUGGAAGGCAACAUCCAAGGGCAGGCAGUUUGAUAGGAUUGCUGCAGUGUGGUUAAGUGGUAUUGAGAUUCUCAGGACCUCCACCGCAGAGCCUACGAAGACUGGCAUUGAAUGGACAAUAGAGAAAGACAUAACCAAAUAUUCUGCACUGUUGAAGACCAACCAGACCUUGGUUGUUGAGCUUGGCAAUCUGGUUGACAAGACUUAUACGGGAAUUUACCGUGUUAACAUCACUUUUCAUUUCUACAAGCACCCACAACAGCAAGAUAGUUUAAUACCUCCAUAUUCCAGUCCAGCGGAUCAUAUCUUGCCAAUCUCAAAUUCAUUUCCUGAGAACGGUGGGUAUUGGUUUCAGAUAUAGAAUUCAUCAGAUAUCAAUUCGAGGGAAUUGCAGUUGCCCUUGAAUGUGUAUAAGGCAGUGCUCGAAAUUUUUGUAUCUUUCCAUGAGAAUGAUGAGUCGUGGUACUUAAAUCCUCCCAAUGAUUACAUUGAGGCCAACAAUCUGACCAAUAUGCCAGGAAAUGGAGCUUUCAGAGAGGUGGUGGUGCUUAUAGAUGGUGUAGAAGUUAGUGCCGUAUGGCCUUUCCCUGUGAUAUUCACUGGAGGAUUGAAUCCUUUGUUCUGGAGACCUGUUGUAGCUAUUGGGGCGUUUGAUCUUCCUACUUAUGACCUAGAAAUCACUCCUUUUGUGGGGAAGUUGCUCGAUGGAAAGAAUCACACAUUUGGCCUCAGAGUGACCGAUGCUCUUAACGUUUGGCUUGUAGAUGCAAAUAUGCAUCUAUGGGUGGAUGAUAAGAGUGCAAGGACAAGGGGGAAACUAAUAAAAUAUGAUGUUCCCUCAUUUAAGCCCAAGCUGAAAUCCAAUUUCAAAGGUUUAAAUGGGUUCUUUAAAAUAUAUGCUGAUAGACAGAUAUCUUACACAGGUUGGGUGGAAUCAUCUCAUGGAAAUAUCACUACACAAUUCAUUCAAAGGUUGAAGUACAUUAACAAAAUGAGUUUCAAGAACAAUGGGGACAUACAGAUUGUGGAUCAAAUCAUAGGGACUGAUACUCGCCUUGUCGUGCAGACACCAUCAAAAGUGAUACUUUCUACACAAGUUUCAAAUUCAUUUCCCAUGUAUCUGUAUUUUGCAUCAGUAGAAAAAGGGAAUGGCACAUCUAUGCAGACUGCAAACCUUUCUAUGGCAAUCAAAAGGGAGAUGUCCACUCUUACACCUUCUGGAAGUUCAUUCAGUUCUCUCCACAAUUGUCAAGAUGCACAGGGCUAUAUAUAUGUUAAUAACAGCUUAGUGACCAGUGGACUGGGAAGCACCCAACAGACAUACAAUUACCAAACUACUGAAGGCUGUUAUUUUAGGAGCCUUAGUGUAAGCAACAGUACUUUUUUUAAAGACAAUGAAGACAACUUAUGUAGAACCAUAAGCAAAGCAUCUCGGAAAAGGACCAAAUUUGAUAAGCCAGUUGAAUGUUAGAGCUAAAGGUCUUCUAUGUAGUUCCCCAUAUUUGGAAAGGUAGCCGUACCACUGUCAUGCAAACAUAAAGAUUAAAGGUCUAGGCAAGGAAAGUAAUAUCAUUUCAUCCACCUCCUUAAUCUUCUUCAUUAGUAAAAUAUUAGAAAUCUUGCCAUGUUGUGCCUGCCUUAUCGUUUUCUUCUGUGCAGUUGUAUGGUCAGAUAUGAUGACAUUAUAUGUUGGAUCUGAAUAUGAAAGACUCGAGGUAAGGAGCUCCACUAAUUGGGAAAUCAAGAGCAGGAUUAAAUUUUACUCCAAGAGUAAUGUGCAUUUUACACGCCAUUGCAGUUAUUACAGUAUGUGCCUGUGAGAUUUUUUUCUCAUGCUUUAACUUGUAAUGCGAGUAGAAUUACAAAAUGAAAGUAUACUGAAUUGAAAAAAAUCAUCUAUCCUGCUUUCAAAGCAGAAUGAUAUUACAUGCUCUACAGAAAACAAGUGCAGCCCCUUCAUUGUCAUUUGAGUGUGAAGCUUGGUUGGUUUUAAAAAAAUUAAAUCAUCUAUCCUGCUUUCAAAGAAGAAUGAUAUUGCAUGCUUUACAGAAAACAAGUGUUAGCCCUCGAUUGUCAUUUAAGUGUGAAAUUAGGUUUAUAGAAAGUAAAAUUAUAUUUCUCCAGUUCAUCGUCUGUAUUUGUAAUGACAUGCCAUGAAGAGAACAUCCUUUUUCCUUGAUAGACAGUGA